AAUUUAACCAAAGUCUGAAAUAUAUAAAAAUAAACAGGUGAAUUUCUAAAGUGUUUUCUAUUUCCGAUUUCACAAAACUCCCAUUUGAUUUGAUUGUUGUGAGAGAAGAGAUGAAUCAAUUUUUGGAUUCGGUGACUUCUUUCUUUUCUGGUGGCGAUCAGCUUCCAUGGUGUUCUCGCGAUGUCAUUGCGGGUUGUGAAAAAGAAGUUGCGGAUGGUGGUGGGGAUGAUGCUGAGAGCAUUAUGCGGUUAUCUUGGGCGUUGGUUCAUUCUCGCCAACCCGAAGAUGUCCAACGCGGAAUUGCCAUGCUUGAAGCUUCAAUAGCCAACACCCACAGCCCAUUGCAAAGGAGAGAGAAAAUCUAUCUGCUGGCUGUUGGAUACUACCGUAGUGGUGAUUUUUCAAAGAGUAGGAUGCUUCUUGAACAAUGCUUAGAGAUUGCACCAGAUUGGAGGCAAGCUUUGUCUCUUAAGAAGGCGAUUGAAGAUCGAAUUACUAAAGAUGGUGUGAUUGGAAUUGGUAUUACUGCUACUGCUGUUGGACUUAUUGCUGGUGGGAUUGCCGCAGCAUUGGUCCGGAGAAACUAAUCAACGUUCAUGGCUACAUCAACAAUAACAUCACCUUUUAGUUUUAACUUGUCCCUGUUAAACAAAGCUGCAGCAUUUACAACUUUUACCUUUUUGAUUUUGUAUUUCUUGCUCGUUAGAAGGUAUUACCUUGUUUUUUUACAAUAAUGCCGUAGACACAUAUAUCCGUUGUUAAACACAGAAUUCACAAAUGUUAACAUUGCAUAACAGUGUGGGGUGAGUUGUUUUGCCAAUUUGAGCCCUGUUUGGUUA